ACCAGUUAUGGCAACGGAUCUCAGUCGCAGACCUUCAUACACUUUCAGGAAUGAAUAAAAAAGAAGUUUUCUUAUCCUGAUAGAUUCUCUGCGCACGACUCUAGUGGACGCCCAUUUUCAUAUCGCUCCCGAAGGGCAUCAUGAGCGCCGAACGUCCUUCGACGCCACCGCGGGCCGAGGCCUCGACUUCGACGGCGAAUCCUCCCAGAGCUCCCCUUACGCCAGACCAGAUCCGCAAAAUCGAAGAAAGCCGGUUAAAAGCAAAGGCGCUGCGCGAACAACGUGAGGCUGAAGCUCGCCGAACAGGAACCGCGCAAAAUCUGAACCGGACACCCAGCGGCUUCAUUGCCGGCCAGAAACAACCUUAUGGUUCGAUAAGCACAUCUAAUGUUCCGUCAAAUCUUCGCGAUGCAGCGCAUGGGCAACGGGACCGCACGCCAGGCGCAAGUGGCGAUGGCUACAUGCGGCCGAAACGGGACGACAUUCAGCCAGCGCGAAAGUUUCUACAGUAUGUCGAAUACGACUUUAGCAAAAUGACCGAUACAAAGGGUGGGUUCUUGACGGCCGAGGAUGAUCCGCAUAACAAGGCACUGUAUGCGCCAGACUCGGAGGAGAAACCAGCGCAUAUGACUCUAAAAGAAUGGGAACGUCAUCAAUUAAUUAAGAGCCUGCGGGAUCAAAAAGCCGGACCGUAUGAGCCUGGGCUCAGUGUUUUGAAAAGGGAGGAGUCUAAGAUGUGUAGGGAGUGUGGGAGCAUGGAGAUUGACUGGAAAUGGGAAGAGUGCUUUGGCUGCGCUGUUUGCAGUACGUGCAAAGAGAAAUUUCCAGAGAAAUACUCCCUGUUGACGAAAACGGAGGCGAAGGAGGAUUAUUUAUUGACUGAUCCUGAGCUCAAGGAUGAAGAACUAUUGCCACAUCUCGAACGACCGAACCCGCACAAGUCAACAUGGAACAAUAUGAUGCUCUAUCUCCGCUAUCAAGUAGAAGAAUAUGCCUUUUCAGACAAGAAAUGGGGUUCUCCUGGAGCGCUGGACGCUGAGUUUGAGAAGCGAGAAUCAGACAAGAAGCGCCGGAAAGAAGACAAGUUCCGGUCGAAGCUUCAAGAACUAAAGAAGAAGACUCGCGUGGAAGCAUAUAGAAGGAGCCGUCAGGCUGGAGGCGGAGGAGGCACGUUUGGAGAUGAGAUAGGAAAUGGGGCAAAGCAUAAACAUGAAUGGGGUCGAACGGUGGAGAACCCGACGACCGGGAUAGGUGUCAAAACGUGCAUUGAGUGUGGCAUGGAAGUUGAGGAAUUGGAAUUUUAAUCUUGAGACGACUUUAUGACAAUUACGAUAUAGAUAUAAAAUAAUGAAGAACUAAGAAUGAGAUUAAGUUAUACCGAC